GGGGUUUUCAGGCUGCGCCGCCCGCGGUCUCCAAGCAGGUCGCCACCGGCUGGCACACGCCACUCUCGUCCGAGAGUAAAUAAGGGAGAGUGCACUCUUCCCGAGCACCGUAAAUAGAGUCCGAGUGGGCGGGGAGCCGCCCGGCGCCGCCUGCUCAUGUCGCUGCUGAGCCAAGUGUCCGGCCGCCUGGCACAGCUGCGCGCGGCGGGGCAGCUGCUGGUCUCCCCGCGCCCCUGGCCUGGCCGCUCGGCGGGUAGCCCGCCGCCCCGCGGCAGUGCGUGCGGUCCCCCGGCGGUGCUGGGCGCGCACGGCCCCCACGGGUGGCGCGCGGCGGGAAUUGGGGCUUUGAGGGCGGCUGGGCGCGGAGCCGGGGUGCGCACCUGGGCCCCUCUGGCCAUGGCCGCGAAGGUGGAUCUGAGCACCUCCACAGACUGGAAGGAGGCCAAAUCCUUUCUGAAGGGCCUGAGUGACAAGCAGAGGGAGGAACACUACUUCUGCCGAGACUUCAUCCGCCUGAAGAAGAUCCCCACAUGGAAGGAGACAGCAAAAGGGGUGUCCGUGAAGGUGGAGGAUCCCAAGUACAAAAAGGACAAGCAGCUGAAUGAGAAAAUCUCCCUGUUCCGUGGGGACAUCACCAAGCUGGAGGUGGAUGCCAUCGUCAACGCUGCCAACAGUUCCCUGCUGGGAGGUGGAGGUGUGGACGGCUGCAUUCACCGGGCGGCAGGACCCCUGCUCACCGACGAGUGCCGGACCCUGCAGAGCUGCGAGACCGGCAAAGCCAAGAUCACCUGUGGCUACCGGCUGCCGGCCAAGUACGUCAUCCACACGGUGGGGCCCAUCGCCGUGGGGCAGCCCAGCGCCAGCCAGGCGGCCGAGCUCCGCAGCUGCUACCUGAGCAGCCUAGACUUGCUGCUGGAGCACCGGCUCCGCUCGGUGGCGUUCCCUUGCAUCUCCACCGGCGUGUUUGGCUACCCCAAUGAGGCGGCGGCAGAGGUGGUGCUGGCUGCGCUGCGGGAGUGGCUGGAGCAGCACAAGGACAAGGUGGAUCGGCUCAUCAUCUGCGUGUUCCUCGAGAAAGACGAGGGCAUUUACCGAGACCGGCUGCCCCACUACUUCCCUGUGGCCUGAGGCUCCCGCAGCCCAUUCUGACCAGGACUGACCCGCCUGGGCCUGCCGGACCUCACUCCCAGCUCUGAGGGGUCUCAGAAGCUUGCAGCUUAUUCCAGCCUGGCUACAGAGUUCUGUCGGUUCCCUCAGGUGUCCUGUCUUACCCCAAACCACUUCCAAAUAAAGCUGGCCAUUGCAGCUCCCAC